GCUGUUCCUCUCAAUAUUUGACAUUUGUCAUGUUAUAAUUCUUUGGAAGAUGACCUCAGGAGUGAGUGGUGUGAGUGAAUGCUGAAAAGGGGAUAUAUAGCCUUCCUGUCCAUCUUUGAGCUCUUUCCCCUUAAGGGAAUGGUCAAAGCAUCUCUCAUAGUUCAGUCACUUCCAAACUCAGCUGGAGGCAAGAGGAAGCACUAGAGAGCCCCCUUCAGCCUGUCUCUGACGUUUAUGGACUGGGCUUGCUAGAAGGCUCAAGAAGAUGAUGGCAGGAAUGAAAAUCCAACUGGUGUGCAUGAUACUCCUGGCUUUCAGCUCCUGGAGUCUGUGCUCAGAUUCAGAAGAGGAAAUGAAAGCGUUAGAAGCAGAUUUAUUGACCAAUAUGCAUACAUCAAAGAUCAGUAAAGCAAGUGUUCCCUCUUGGAAAAUGAGCCUGCUGAAUGUGUGCAGUCUUAUAAAUAACCAGAACAGCCAAGCCGAGGAAACAGGAGAGUUUCCUGAGGAGGAGCUUAUUACAAGAAGGAAAUUUCCAACUACCUUAGAUGGCUUUAGCUUGGAAGCAAUGCUGACAAUAUACCAGCUCCGAAAAAUCUGUCACAGCAGGGCCUUUCAACACUGGGAGUUGAUUCAGGAAGAGGUUCUUGAUACUGGAAAUGACAGAAAUGAAAAGGAAGAAGUUAUAAAGAGAAAAAUUCCUUACAUUCUGAAACGGCAGCUGUAUGAGAGUAAACCCAGAAGACCCUACAUUCUCAAAAGAGGUUCUUACUACUACUGAGAGGAUAUUUUAUUUACAUGUGAUUGUGAUUUACCGUCCUUUAAUUAAAUAUCAAAUUAUAUUUGUGUGGAAAUAUGACAACACAAUUAUUUUGUCUCUGCUACAAUUGUGGUUUAUUAGAUGUGAUUUUUCUGCAUUAAUAUAAAUUGGACUAAGUGUUUUCAAAUAAAUCUAGGUCUUGAGCAUGAUGUGUUGUGUAUAACUGGAGUAGAUAUGAAUUAAGUCAUAUGUAGAACGUUUUGUCAUUUUGCAAAGCACUUAAUGGGUUGUUGAAACAGUCAAAAUGUUUGACAUUCUAAACCAAAUUAUAAGAGAUUAGAACAGAGUCUUAUGGCAAAGUCUAGCUUACAUGUCAUUAACCCCAAACAGAAUAAUAGCACCUGUUUUAUUAUCUGACUGAACGUUUUAUCGAAUUAAAAGAAAUACGUGCUCUCUUCCAAGACUUACUCAUGAAUCUCUCAGAUAUGGGGAAGGCAAUAGUAGUAAAAUAGGACCAUCUUCAAAGAAUGUUUAAUGAAUUAUUGUUAAUUCUGCUUAUCUUAAUG